GGAAGAAUGCUGGGGCGAUGGGUUUGGGAGGAGGGGGAAUGUCAAGGGGGCUAGACUUUGCAGGUUCCUUCUGGGAAAAAAAGAGCAGAUAGUUGUAGACUAUUCAUAUUUUCGCUCUUCCUUAGGGUGCAUCGACACCAGGCAUGGGCAAACCUCUGCCCUCCAGGUGUUUUGGACUUCAAUUCCCACAAUUCCUAACAACUUAAGCGGCUGAGGGGGAAAAGGAUGGGGUCUGAGGCUGUUAGGAAUUGUGGAAGUUGAAGUCCAAGACACCUGGAGGGUCCAAAUUUGCCCAUGCCUGAUCUACACUGUACAAUUAAUGCAGUUUGACACCACUUUAACUGUCAUGGCUCAAGGCUAUGGGAUCUUGGGAGUUGUGAUUUGGGUGUGGCCCCAGCACCCUUUGGCAGGUAAACCAAAAGUCCAAGUGGUGUCAAACUGCAUUAAUUCUAGAGUAGAUGCACCCACACAUGCAUUUUAAAGUAAUGUGUGGAUGCAACACACGUGUAAUACAUGUGGAGGCUAAUGUUUUUUCCAGCUUGUUAUGAUAAUGACAUUGGAUCAUGCUUCAGAUGCGUGUACAGGUGAUGUGUGUGUCACGAAGUCUCUCGAUGCAACCACAACCUUGGUUUCCUCUCAUUUUACUGUCUGAUUCUGAAAGAACAAGCUGACCACCAUGAAGUGCAUGAGGACAUUACUAUUGGCUCGGGAGCUGUCUGUGGGAAGAUGCACUGUCCUUAUGAAGGACCUUUCCAAGAGCGAUCUCCUGCCACUACAGAAAGGUGUCUGUCUCCAGAAUUCCAGGCUAGUUUCUGUGAGAAGCAUUCACAUAAGCACAUGUCUUGGCACUACCACCGCUCCUAAGGACAACCCAGAUAAUAGCAAAGAAUCAACGAAUCGCUCCUUGGUGACAGUGGAAGAAUUAUUUGAGCGAACCUCUGUGGAUGCAAAGAAUAGAGCUUCGUUCCAGCAAGCUGUGAACAUCUUCUCUCAGAGGGACAUCCGUCGCAGAGGUCAUGUGGAAUUCAUUUAUGCAGCCUUGAAGAAGAUGCCAGAGUUUGGUGUGGAGAAAGACAUUGAUGUUUACAACAAAAUCUUGGAUGUCUUCCCCAAGGAGGUUUUUGUGCCUCACAAUUUCAUCCAGAGGAUGUUCAACCACUAUCCACGGCAACAGGAAUGUGCUAUUGAGGUGCUUGAGCAGAUGGAGAACUAUGGUGUCAUGCCGAACAAGGAGACCAAAUUGCUGCUGUUACAAAUCUUUGGGAACAAGAGCCACCCAAUGAGGAAAUACCAAAGACUCAUGUACUGGUUUCCUAAAUUCAAGCACAUCAACCCCUAUCCAGUCCCGGAUCUUCUGCCUCGGGAUCCUGUUGAUCUUGCAAGGCUGAGCCUGCAGAGGAUUGCAGCUGACUUGGAUGCCAGGGUUACAGUGUAUCAACUGUCUCAUGUGGAGAUUACAGACUCAGGAAAAUCUAUUGACCAUCCACACAUCGUAGGAAUUCAGAGCCCUGAUCAGCAGUCACUCUUGGCUCAUCACAAUGUAGACAGGCCUGUUUUUGUGGAGGGUCCAUUCCGUUUGUGGCUCAAGAAGACAUGUGUUUAUUACUAUGUGCUGAGGGCAGAGCUGUUGCCUCCUGAAGAAAGGAAGGAAGAAAUUAUUGACCCAGAGAGGAAUUUUUACUACCCCAUGCAUCUGGAUAUUGAUCUGGAAAGGGACAUGUGGGAUGACUUGGAAUUUGAUAUUGAUGAAGUUGAGGAGGGCCCUGUAUUUGCCAUGUGUAUGGCAGGGGCAGGAGACCAGGCUACCUUGGCGAAGUGGAUUGUCGGCCUUCAGGAGACUAACCCAAUUUUGCGCCAGAUUCCGGUUGUGUUCCGCCUCACACCAGGGCCUCGGGAGCUGCAAUCAAGCAUUGACUCAGAUGAUAACAGAGAAGAGGAGAUGUCACAAGCUCAACGCCUCAAAUAGGAGUUUUAAGCACAUGCUUAACACAAGUUUAGAUGGUGGAAUAAAAUGUAUUGAAUAGAACACAAUGACUGUAUUUAAAGUUCCAGUGGUUAGUGCAAUAUUUUCCUCAGCUUAGGCCAUUUGCAGUUAAAUCCUAACGGAGUGUGGAGCAUCAAGAGUACCUGCUUUAACAAACAACAUAUGUCUUUUCUCAAAUACACUCCUUAAGUUUUGACUCUUCAUAAGUGAGCUAGCAGAGUCUUUUUAAUGCCAGCAAAAUUACAACACUUCAGUACACAACAUUUUCACCUUUGCUAUCCCCUCAGUUGUCUGAGGUGACAGCUCUUUCCUCUGCUUUGUAUUUUGCAUCACUUUCCCUCAUGAAUAUACCUACUGUUGGCUGUUCUGAUUUUUAAAUAACAGCCUUCUAAGUGAAAUGUUUUUCAUUAUUUGACAACUAUCCUUCUGUAGCCUAUCAUGACUGUCUUAACAGCUAAAAGAACUGAGCUUUUGUUCUACUUAUGACUGAGCUGGGAUUAAUGAUUAUUUUUUCCACGAGCUUUUGCCUGGAAGAAAGUUUGUCAAAUGUUUCUCUGAUAUGCUGCUUUGGUUCCAGCCUUGCAGUAGCACUAUUAAAGGUAGAAACUUGGUCUUUGUAUUACAACUGCUGGCAUAAUAAAUCUCACCUGGCUUGUA